ACCAUGGAACGACGUGGUCGCAUACCAGUUGCCAAAUUCCGUACUCAAGAGGGUAAGACACGCAGCCGCAGUAGGGUACGUGAGCCUGAUUACAAUGAACAAGAUCCCGAAACUGAUUUGUUUACUCUGUUGGAGGAUAAUAUUGCCCUGAAGGAGGAGAAUAAGGCUCUGAAAUUGGAAUUGGAGGAUCACAAAAAAAUCCAAAAUGAAUUGCUGGAGGAGAAUUCAAAAAUGUCCGAACAAUUGGAGGCAAUGAAGAAACAACACUCCGAAAUGGAUAUGGAAAUUAAGAGUUUGACUGCUAAAUUCCAGAAGGUGCAAAAUGAACGUAACGCCUUGGAUAAGUUGCACAAAAUGAAGGCGGAGAAUAUAACAAGCCUCUCCCAAGAGUUACAACUCCUUAAAGAUCGCCAGGAAAAUAUGUCCAAUGCGGUGGUUUGCUCACACAGCCUUAAAUCGAAACUACUGAAACUUUUGCCCACAUUGGCGACCACAGCCGAAAUGGAGAGCAUAAUUGAGGCCGAUACGGCACUGGCCACCCCACUGACCAGUGAAUUGGUUGAGAAAAUGGUCGAUGAAUUUAUGGCAUUGAAAACAUCCAUGAAUUCGGUGGAAUUGCAAUUGUACGAAGCCAAUGAAAAAAUUGCCGAACUUAUUGAGAAUCAACAUCACCUGGACGAGGAAAAUGAAACCUUACGCACGGAAAAUACCAAUCUAACCAAGGUGGCAAAACUUUUAACGGAAAAUAUGAAAGAGAGUGUGGAAACGAGCAAAAAAAUGGAAGCUGCCCUAAUUAAAUUGAAACAACGCAACGAUGAAUUAGUGGCCAAAACCCGAGAUGCCACUGAUGGUGUUGCCAGUGGUGAUGCUGCUGCUACGGCAGCUGUCUCACAACCACCUGAAUUUGAACAAAUCAAAGAAGAAGUUGAGUCACAAAAUCGGGACCAUAAUGAACGCAUCGUUGAAAUGCAAAAACUCUUGGAUGCGGCUAUAGAAAAAACUACUAACGAUGAACUAAAAACCUUACAACUAAAAUUAUCGAUUAUGGAGGAUGAGCUGCGCAAAGCUUUAGCUAGAGCCGAUGCGGCUGAAAAUGAAUUGGCGAAGUUGAAAAAUGCCAAUGUAAUAGAACAGCCAGCUGUGGAUAGGCCUAUAGUAGCGCCACCACCGCCUCCGCCAAUGCCUGAAUCAUUGCUUUAUAAGCCCACCACACCUGCCAUAAGACCCCUAACAUCCGGUCAGGCAGAUGCCAGUUUUUCGGAUAGCAUCGCUAAAAUGCAUGAUCUGCAAAGAAAUAAUGAAAGUGGUGGCGAAGGUGUAUCGCAAAAACUAAUCGAAACGGUUAAGCAACAGGUACAACCCGAAGCAGCAACAGGUCUUGACGCUCUAGUUCGUGAAUUCAAAUCGGGCAGGGUCACAUUGAGACGUAAUCGCCGCAAAACCCAUACCAAUGAGGCCCUGCAAGAAAUGUUCCAGGUAUUGGAGAUAAGUCAAAAACAAAAUCGCAACUCCAAGAUCUGUGUGGAUUUGAAUCGAAUGAAUUAA